AUGGUAUCCGAAUCUACUAGGCCUCUAGGCAUUGACGUCUCACAUUCCACCAUGGAGUCGCCGCCAGCCAUUGCCGCCUUGUUCGUCAUCAGCUUCGAUAUCAGGACCGGAUAUGUAGUCUCGUGGAAGCGAACUGCGCCGGGAGUUGAGGUUGAAGGGGUUGUGGAAUACAAGUCACUGCCCUCCGGGUUACACAAUGUGACUGAAGAUCUGGUGUACUUCGUCCAUGAACAGUAUGCCGGUAUCAGCGCGUUCCUCAACCAUCCAGCCACGGAGGCCGAACGCAAUGCGAAGAUGUUUGCGAUCGGAGUUCUGGUGCCUCUCAGCACCGGAAGGCUUGGGAAGAGCUGGCGACACGCUCCAAGGCUCAAGGAACUGACGCUGAAAUACGCCGAGAACAUGUCGGAUAUGCAGCCGCUGUGUGAUUAUUGGGACACAUAUAAAAUAGGAGGAACCGAUUAUUCAGCGCCUGAAUCCCCCCUCGACUCGCCUCUUAGUCUUCGAUUCCGGCCCGGCGAGCGGCCAGGUCACUCGAGCCGCAACCGCGCCUUCAGCGACGCAAUGGUGCUGGAAACGUUCAAGCCGGCCUUAACGCCCUUCCACCCCGCUUCAUCACUUCCAGCUUUCACGGAAUGCUUCGGACCUUUGAUCUUCCCCCUUUACAGGGCAGCUUUGCUGCGCAAGCGGAUUCUGUUCAUGGGCGAGGCUCCUCCUCGUUGCCAAACUCCCUCCUGCAGCUACUCCCCGCCGAUCGCAUACCACCACUACGCCCCCGCCCCCCUCUUCAACGUCGGCAUUCAUGAUAUUCCCUACCUCUCCUCCUUCGAUCCAUCGCGCAGCAUCAUAGACCCCGAAACAGACCCAAGCUGGAUCGCCUGCUCCACCGACACCGUCUUAACCAUGAAACCCGACCUCUUCGACCUCCUCGUCACCCUCCCCGCACCAUAUUCACAACAGACAGCCCAGCGAGCCUUCCCCAAAAUCUCCCUAGUCCACAAGACAGGCGGCAAACCCAAUCAAACCCAAGAGAUCCAGCUAAAAGCAACCCAGCGCGACGCCCGCCGCUAUUCAAUGCUCCGCCGCGGACUCCACCAACUCUCCAACGACCGCCCCACAUCCCCAGAACAAGACCCCUCAGACACAGACUCAACCUACUCCUCCAGCCCCGUCGUCGAGCCUAUCUCCUGGACCCGUCUCGCCUACACAUCCUUCAUCUGGUGGGCCUCCGCCGGCGAGAACCGCGACGGCCUGUCAGAGGAAGAAGAAGAACAACAGAUAGAACAAGACUCCCGCCUUCUGGCAAGCGUCGAGAGUCUCGCCCGUCAACCCUACAACUCAACCUCCCACUCCGACCAGCCCCGUCAUCCCCUCCACGAAGAUCAGCAACCGCCCGAAGUCGCGCUGGUCGCGUACUUCCGCCGCCUGACGUCGCAGAUCUUCGUUACUUUGGCUGGCGCCAUCGCGCGCUAUGAUAGCGACCUCGAUGACGACGCCUAUAAUGAUGCGCCGUAUAUCGAUGAAGACGAUGAUACCGAUGCUUCGCUGUCCAUGUCUCGUCAGUCUAUCCACGGCGAUGAGGGGAGUUCGCCUUUGCUUCGGCAGCGGUCAAGUGCGAGCGGGUCUGCGAAUCAUGGGUCGAGAGCUGGUCAGCGGGAUGGCGGUGCCCACGACACUGUCACGAUCACCGUGGCUGAUAUGGCGGAGAUGGGGCUUGAUGUGUGGAGUGCGACGGACCGGGUGUUUGUUGAGGAGUUGGUUUCUCUGUGGUGGGGUCGUGCGGCGAAGGUUGAUAGUGCGAGGAUUAGAUGCUGCGGGAUCUCAGUCUUGUAG